AGCAGAAAAGGCAAACAUGGUUCAGGAAUCGCUGGUCAGGUGUUUCUCCAAGAAACGAGAAACUCGAAAAAAGAAAACAAUUAAGUUAAAUACAAAACAUGAAUUAAAAUUAUUGACAAAAGAAAAGAAAUGGGGGAGUUGUGGGAAAUAUAGUUGUUUAAUUCAUGUUCUAUAAAUAAUUAUAGAUUGGGAACUGUGAUAUAUAUAUUAUAUAAAAGUAUGUGUGUGUCUGCUCAAACCCGCACGUUUCACGAACUUCUGGAAAGCACCUCCCUGAUCUUCCGGGUUCCAAAAAUGGAAAGUGAGAACGACUUGCCCCUGCCUACGUGCAGCUCAACUCAUCGGGACUCGCAACAGGUCAAACGCUACGUGCCAGCAAAGACGUGCCAGCAAAGACUUACACCGGUCAUCACACACCUCUACGGCAGUUACUCAAAGCAAGGACUAACUCUGGACAUUAGCAUUUGAAUGUGCCCGGGGACCCUUUCGAGAUUUAAUGUAAAUAAAGUUAAUAGUCAAUGAUUAGAGAAACAAUGGGAAGAAAGUUGCCGAAGAGGAAACUAAGUAUAUUUAAGUUAGGUCUUUAAGUAAGCAAGUUUGUGAACCCAGCUAGAAACAAGGCUGCCAGGUCCUGUGUCUCUGGGGUCACCCUUGGCUCUACUUUUCCCGAGAGAACUUCAGUCAAGUGUCUGCUUUGGCCAUAGCCAGUGGAAAUGUCUUACUACUCAAAGGAGGAAAAGAGGCAGCACAUAGCAAUCAAAUCCUUCAUCAUCUGACACAAGAAGCACUCUCUAUUCACGGAGUCAGAGAUGCAGUGCAACUGGUGAAUACGAGAGAGGAAGUAGAAGAUCUCUGCCGUUUGGAUAAGCUGAUAGAUCUCAUCAUUCCACGUGGUUCGUCACAGCUAGUCAGGAAUAUCCAGAAAGCUGCUAAGGGAAUUCCAGUGAUGGGACACAGUGAAGGGAUCUGUCAUGUGUAUGUUGACACGGAUGCCAGUGUUGAGAAGGUCACACAAAUAAUUAGAGACUCAAAGUGUGAAUACCCUGCUGCCUGUAAUGCUCUGGAAACUCUCCUAAUUCAUCGAGACUUGCUGAGAACACCAUUGUUUGAUCAGAUCAUAGACAUGUUGAGAGUAGAACAGGUGAAGAUUCAUGCUGGCCCAAAGUUUGCAUCUUACUUGACAUUCAGUCCUUCAGAAGUGAAAUCUCUGUGCACAGAAUAUGGGGACCUAGAGUGCUGCAUUGAGGUAGUGGACAGCGUUCGAGAAGCUGUUGAACAUAUCCACAAGUAUGGAAGUUCCCAUACGGAUGUUAUUAUCACAGAGAAUGAGAAAACAGCAGAGUUCUUCCUCCAGCAUGUGGACAGCGCUUGUGUUUUCUGGAAUGCCAGUACCCGAUUCUCUGAUGGCUAUAGGUUUGGACUUGGUGCUGAAGUGGGAAUUAGUACUUCGCGGAUCCAUGCACGUGGACCAGUGGGAAUUGAAGGACUCUUAACUACAAAGUGGUUGCUGAGGGGGGAUAAUCAUGUUGUUUCUGACUUUUCAGAGCAUGGGAGCAUGAAGUAUCUUCAUGAAAACCUCCCUCUCCCUCAGAGAAAUGCCAGCUAAAAACCCAGGGGAGAAAACCCAGGGGUAUAAUUAUUUCCUGAAGAGGUACAGGCUUCAGGAUAAUCUCUGGUGAUGGAGUUUGUUUUUCAGAAUCUUCAAUCUUCAGAAACGUUGUUCUUGGUCAUUUUGCAGUACAGUGAAUACAAAAUGAUCCCAUCAAUGAGAAUCCCCUCCCCCUCCUUUUAGUUCCUUAGACAGUAUCUGCAAACUAACCUCACUUCUCCCAAGGAAAGAUUAUUUUCAAAUCAUACAGGUAACAUAAGGAAGGAUUUCAGUAUCAACUACAUUCCUUUUUUUAUCCCAGUGCUCCCUGUAGCAAAUAUGGUGGUGGAGCUUAAUUUUUUUUUUUCCCUAAGUUUUGUUUUAUUCAAGUAUCUAUUCUGGAGAACACACUCUGUAGUUUUGGUUUUGAGGGGUUUUUUUUUUCAGUCUUAGGAUCAUGGCAUCUCUUGAGAGCCAGAAAGCUUUAUGCCUAAUUUCUUUGUAUUUGAUCAGUCUUGAGAUAGGGGGACAGAUGUUCCAAAUGUAUAAUAAGCUUUUGACCAAAAAACCUUUUAUAUCUAAUUCUUUGUAUUGUUGACUAUUGUAGAUAAAUAAUUGUCUGCUACA